UGUUCUUAGACCGCAGCGCGGAGAUUGAUUCACCUUCACCUGGGCAGAGCCCCAGCUGAACCGAAUAGGAGCGGUAAAACAUGAACGGAAGAGUGGAUUACUUAAUCACCGAGGAAGAAAUCAAUCUUACUAGAGGACCCUCAGGGCUGGGCUUCAACAUCGUCGGUGGGACAGAUCAACAGUAUGUCUCCAAUGACAGUGGGAUCUACGUCAGCCGCAUCAAAGAGAAUGGGGCUGCAGCCCUGGAUGGGCGGCUCCAGGAGGGUGAUAAGAUCCUCUCGGUAAAUGGCCAGGACCUAAAGAACCUCCUGCAUCAGGAUGCUGUAGACCUCUUUCGUAACGCAGGCUAUGCUGUGUCCCUGAGAGUACAGCACAGGUUACAGGUGCAGAAUGGACCUCUUGCACAUCGAGGUGAAGGGGAGCCAAGUGGCAUUCCCAUGGCUGUGGUUCUGGUGCCAGUGUUUGCCCUCACCAUGGUGGCAGCCUGGGCUUUCAUGAGAUACCGGCAACAGCUAUGAAAAGUUUGCUUUCCUCCAGUGCUCCCAUUGAAAAUACAUUUCUCUAGCCCUCCUCCACUACCAUUCUACCAUAUCUUUCUCUCUCUCUACAUAGCCAACACAUGAUUUAAAGUGACCAAUGCCCACCCAUAACUUUGCUGUUCAAAAUCUCCAAAUCUUCAUAUUUUAAUGGGAGAGUAAAGAUAUUUUUUGAAGGAAAGCUGAAGAAAAUAUUGCUUAGAGCAAAAGAAGAGAUACAUAUUUUACUAGGCCUUCUGAUAGAAAUGUCAGCUGCCACCCAAAGAGAGAAAGGUCCUGACUUCCUAUCACCAUGGGUGAUACUUUAUUUCUAAGCUGGCAUGCCUCAAAGGCCAGCUGUAUGAUAUGAGAGGAAGAAAGGAAUUUUCUUUGUAAUGAUCUUCCUAGGGAAAUUUUUGUGGCCUUUAUUUCAUUUCUAACUACAUACCUGGGUGCCUAUAUUAGACAAAGAAGAGUGAAAAGAGCAUUUUUACUUUUUUUUUACAAGAUAAAUACAUAUAUAAAGUACACAUACAUAUACAUGUAUGAUAGUGUAGUAGUAAUGCCUUAUGAAGAACUGAAGAGGUGAGGUAGUUGCUCUGGUUUCAAGGUUUCUGAUCUAAGGCAUGACCUUAAUUGAAGAAUUUAAAGAGAUAUUUGUAAGCAUGUAUAGUGGGAACCAGGGAGUGAGCCUUAAAAGAGAAUGCCCAGUCUAGGGCACUAAAAUACUCAAUCAACCAAUUAAAGUUCUUGGAAGGACAAAAUUUUUUCUCUUAAUAGCUGUGGUGAAACUGAGGCAAAUUUCCAUAAUCCAGUUCUCAAUCUUUAAAAAAAAAAAUAAAAAACCUUUCAGGUAUAAAGAUAAUAUGGUAGUAAAGAUAAAUACGGAACCUUCGGGCUUCACUUUUGACAUUUGUGGUACCUCAAAGGGCUGUGAAAGUGUCAGCUGGAAUGAUUGUGGUCAGGGCUGUGGCAAUAGGGCCAAAGCAACCCAGCAAGAAAACUGUUGAAGGACAAAAGAUAGUGCCUCCCAGGGUAGCACCUGAACCCUCUCAAGCUGUUUACCAGCUUUUUAAAUUUCUAAUAUUACACAAAAUUUGAGAGAAGGAACUGCAUCUCAGCCAGGAUGGGCAUGAAAUCAACUCUGUUUCUGAUUGAGUUACAGUGGAAGGGCCUUAUUGCUAAGCUUUAGUUCUAAACACUGGUGAUGGCCUUUCAUUAAUAAACUGUUUCUCAGGAAAAGGAAGGGAAAGUUUUCUGUUGUUUUAGGGUGUAGAGAAAUUUGGUGGGUAUUUCAUGGGAAAACCCCAGAAGGAGGAUAUGGAUGCUAGAGAAUACCAAAAAUGUGAUGUCCUUAUAACCGUGUUGGUUUUAAAGCACAUAGGAUUAAUAACCACGGUUAAUGUUUUGGCUUUAAAAAAAUAAUUUUAAUUGUCUAUAUACUGGCCAGACUGUAAGCCUUAUAUCAUUCUGAUUGCAGCAUUAUGAGGACUUUACCGCAGUCUGGCAAUUAUUUGCCAAAACAUCAGCAUUGCCAAAUACUUUUGCAAAGAAGUAAAAUGUAUAGUCUCCAUUCUAAAGAGCUUUUUGGUUCUGGUUGGGAAGAGAAUACUUAAAAUAGAAUUAGCCACAUAGGUAGAGCAGUAUAAGUUGGUGUCAAAUUUGUAUCAAAGAUAGCAAAAGAAAAAAGUUACUGAGAAAUGAGGCACUUGAGAAGUGUCCCAUAGAGAAGGAACAAGUUAAGGUGACCCUUGGGGACCUCACAGUUUAAGAAAAUUCAUAAAUAGUUAAUUCAUAAAAAGUUAAAAGUAUAUCAUUAAGUUAACAAUUGUAAUUAAUAAUGAAAACUGAUACCAUGCACAAAUUGAUGCAGCAACAAAGAAGAUAUGCAGGUGACCAUCUCUUUUUUUUUUUUUUUUAAGGAAUUCAGAAAAAGAAAACUAUCUCAUAAUGAUAUCAGGCUACCUUGGAAAGGGCAAGGUUUUAAGAUUAAAAAGUCAGUAAGACCUUGUUCUGUAUCAACUGUUGAUAUAGAGAGAAACUUGUUUUAAACAAUCCUGACAUGUAUACCCUUUGACCUGAGCUGUUCAGCCCCCCUGAGACUUACUUAGACAAGCGGACUCAUCUAGAUUCCAGAGAGAAACACUGACAGUAUUCGAGUUCUCACCUCUGCCAGCCCACUGUGGAGGUACUACCUCAGGUCCUCCCUGUCUCUGAGGGCACAUGCAGCAGCAUCCACAAAGGGCAUGCUUACCUGCCAGAAGUCACCUCAGGACUUGGACAGUAACUCCUGGGAGGACCUUGAGACACACAGACUGAAGCAAAUGACAAGCAGGAAAGAGAGCGAUUUAGUUUUUUGUUUAUUGGUAUAUGUAAAUUUAGAAUACACCUAUUCCAUCAUUAGUAGAGGCUUUGCUUUGGCUGAUAAUGGAUUCUGAUGCACUUUGAUGAUUUAGGUUUUCUUGGAAAUUAAAGACCAAAAUAUUAAUGAUUUAGGCAAAUAUACUAUUCAGUUUAUUCUUCUGAUUUUGUGAAAACAAAUUAUUAUCAUAGAUGAGGUAUUAGAAUCUAUUAUAGGUUGUAACAAAAAAAAACCUCAUGUUCUUUAAAGAUAUAUCUAAUUAGAUUACAUCUAGUGUUCCUACCAGCUAAAUUAUUAUGUUCAACAUUUUGAAAAUUGAAUGGAAGUAUUUUUAAGACAUGAUACUAAAAACAUUCUGUAUUUAUCAUUUUCUGUUAUGUAUAUAUAAUUCUAAUAAGAUAUUAUUUGUUCCAGUUGUCUCUGUUUGCUUUUCCUGCAGAGUUUUAACUUGUGUGCUGUUGAUUUAAUGUAAUUACACCUUGUAGCUAUGUAUAAUAGAAAAAGGAAGUUAGUAUUUGUUAUUGCAUUCUGUGCCAGGAACUGUAUCAAGAUCUUCUUGUCAAUGCCUCAUGACUCUGAGAUUUAAGAACUGAUAUAAAGAUCAGAGAAUAAAUUAUUUUCCUAAGAUUUCAUAGGUGGUGAUAAUGGAAUCAGGAUUUUAACUCGAGUGCCAGCAUCAAUAAUAUGUCCUUCCUGGUAGUGGUCCUCUAAGCAAGGUCUGUGGACAAAAGCAUCACCAUUACCUGAGAAAGCAGAUUUUGGGGCUUCAUCCUGAUCUCCUGAAUCAGAAACUCUUGAAUGUGGACCCAGCAAUCUGUGUUUUAAAUAAUCCCUCCAAGUGACUCUGACCCCCACUGAGUUUGAGAUUCAUAGCUCUAUGCUAAUGCUUUCUGCAUUUUGUCAAGUAGAAUCACCUGGAACACUGGUAAAAGUCUUUAUGCCCAGGCUACAGAUCAAAUUAAACAGGACUCUCAGGCAGCAAUAAAAUAAAGUUCAUCAGAUGAUUCCAGUAUGCAAGCUCAUAAACACAUUCUGUGGCAUUUAAACCUGAUUAUAUUUACAUUAUUAAAUUACAUAGAGACAUGGCUGCAGCUAACUGGAGCUCUUCCUCAAUAUAGACAUGGAGUAAAAAGUGGAGUAUUCCUUCACUCCUGAUUUGUUAAGAACUGAUAGACCUCCAGCAAAGUGUAGUGUUAGUGUGCUUCAUUUGGUGCAUGUAUUAAAUUAGAACUGAAUCACAUAGGAUUGAAACUAAAAGGAAAACAGAAAAAAAAUGUAGGAUGAAUCUAUAGAAGAGAUGAGAAAGCCAAGGUGCCCAGAGAUGAUGUAACUUAGCCACAAUCAGACUUAGUCUGUUACAGAAGUACCCUGUCUCAUGUUUCUGUCUUAAAUAUAUGCACUUCCUGAACAUUUAAAAAAUUAUCUCCAUCCACUUUCAUCUUGGUUUGGGCUUUGAAUAAAGACAAAAAAAAAAAAAAAAAAACACCUGAUCAACAACUGAAGAGUAUUGCAACCAUCAUGAUUGGAGUUGAGAGAUUCCACCGAACAAUCUGAGACAAAGGCCUAAUAUCAAAUUCAAUCAUAUGAGUUCUUCUGCGAUUCAUUCCAGUAGUUGUAAACCAGAGACUUUUUUUUUACAGUAAACAUUGUUAUUUAAAAAUUUAUUUAAGUAUUUGAAAAUAUAUUUAAUCAACCAACUUAAGGAACUAUAGUCUGUCAGAUACGUAUAGAAGUAGAGUUCAUGUAGUUUCAUAUAGAUCUAGUAAACAUUCUAGUUAGUUUUAAAGGUAUUUUAUCUUUGGAGAGAGGAGCAUUUUUUUCUUCAUUCAGCAAAUGUAACUCAUGAGUGCCAACUAUGUGCCAGGUGCUGGACAUAUAAAGAAAAAUAAAAUAGUCAUUCUGAGCUCAGCAUCUGAAAAUGGGAGAAUAUUUGUGGGUAAUCUUGAUGCUAAGAUAUUUUUUCCUCACAUCUAGAAGUAGAAAUUGAAUUCUGAAAUUCUGCCUCUCACCUAAAAUAGGUGUACAGUUGGCUGCUAUCUAGAAUAAGUUUUUGCUUUUCCUCUUUUAACUACAAAUUUCUUUAAGACCAGCACCAACUUCAAAAGGUCAAUUAAGAGACAGUAUUUUAAGGAAUUCUGUUCUGAUUGGAACCACAUUCUUGACUGCAAUAGUCUCUUAUAUUUCACUGAUGUCUACUUACAGAAGGCACAGCACUUGAUCUGCUUACCUAAUGCACUUGAUAGCAUAAAAACCUUUAUUACAGGAAAGCAUUGCUGCUUCUCAGAAUCAAGUUGUAGCAAAUACUAGCUCCUGUUUCUAAAAGUUUUCUUCACUGUUCACAUUUUGUUUUUACAGGGGGAAAAGGGAAGGAGAGAGGCCUGAAGUAGGUUUUCUUUUUUUAAAAGAUUUAAAUAUUUAUUUGAAAGAGUUACAGAGAGAAGGAGAGACAAAUUUUCCAUCCACUAGUUCACUCCCUAAAUGGUUACAACAACUGGGGCUAGGCCAGGCUGAAGCCAGAAGCUUCUGGGUCUCCCAAGUAGGUGCAGGGGCCUAGGGACUUGGGCCAUCUUCCACUGCUUUCCCGGGUGCACUAGCAGGGAGCUGGAUUGAAAGUGGAGCAGCUGGGACUCGAACUGGUGUCUAUAUGGGAUGCCAGCGCUGUAGGCCGCUGAUUAACCCACCACACCACAGCACCGGCCCUAGUAAGCUACAUUUUCGAAGGCAAGUUAAUCAUUAGCCUAAAAUCAUUUACAGAGCAUUGUAUUUGCUAUAAUCAUUAAAUUCAUUGACUAAUUACUGGAAAAUGGGAUGAUCCUCUUUCCUUGUUUACAGGUUUGCAAGUGGAGAUACUGAGUUGAAUCUCAUUUUAAUCCUAUAUCUGAAAUACUGAUUUGAAUAUGAGUCUGUUUAUUACUUGAUAUAUGUGCAUUUUACUUCCAGGUUAUGUUGUUUGUAGUAAGAUUAUCAUUCUUUUGAGCCCUAUUUUGUAUUGAUUCCUUUCUACUUUGUUUCUAAAGUCAAAUUGCAUCCCUAGAUAUAAAUAGCAGUCAGUUUCUAAGAUCAAAUAAAUGCCCUAUAGCAACAAGUGGACACAAUACCAUAUAAUCUAGAGAAUAUCACUACAGAUUAAAUAUGGUAAAGAAGCCAUCAAAAUCCAUUAUAAUUCAUCUUAAACUUUUACUAUUUGAUACCAGUUACAGUAGAUGAGAUAAAGUAUAUCUAAAUGUGACUAGCGAAUAUUAGCAUUCAAUAAAAACUUGUUGAAUUUGUCACUGAAUCUUUACAGCCUGUAUUUUACCUCAUUUUUCUGCCACCUUGGAGUAGCACCUUUGACAGAACAAUGAAAAAAGGAAAGAAAACUAGAUUGAAGAGUGGGCAUUUGGCACGUCAGUUAAUACUCAGCAUGAACAUCCAGAUCCUAGGCUGGAAUGUCUGGAUUUAAGUCGCAGCUCUUUUCCCAAUUCCAACUUCCUGCUAAUGUGCACCCUGAGAGGCAGCAGGUAAUGGCUCCAGUAGUGAAGUCCCUGCCUCCCAGGUGGAAGAGUCAAAUUGAGUUCCAGGCUCUUGGCUUUGGCCUGGCCAAGCCUCAGACCUUACAGGCAUUUGAGGAGUGAACUAGCGGAUGGGAGAUUCAUUCUCUCUGCCUCUCCCUCUCCACCUCCCACCACCUUUCAAAUAAAUACAGUUUUUACAACCAUUGCCUGAAUUAUAACUGGCUAAAAAUUACUGAGUUUUUAUCAAUAUUAUAGACAGUAUUAUGAAUUCUUUGUAUGUAUUUAUGUAAGCCUCACAACAACACUAAGAUAACUGCUGCUGUUAACCCAUUUUAAAGGUGAGGUAAGUGAGACAGGUUAAGUAACUUGUCCUGAUCACAUAGUUAUUAAGUGCCAGAGCUGGGAUUUAAAUUCAGGACGUCUGGCUUCGAAACCUGCAUAUGUGAUCGUGUACUAUACCCUGCAUACUGCAGACACAGCCAUGGGUCACCCUUUUUACAACCAAUGUCAAAUUCUCUCAGCUGUGCAAGGCAGUGUCAAUAUUCCUAUUUUUGAUAAAGUAACCUAACCUGACAAAAUUAACUUGCUGAAGAUGCAACAAUAGUUAGUGCCAGACCUAGGAAUUUACUUCAAGCCAGUGAAGAGUCUGCCACUCUUCCAGUCUCCCAGAAAAUUAGAGUUUCUUAGAUUUAACAUGAUUAAACCAUGCUGUCACAACUUCCCAUUAUGGAUAAUGGGAAAUUGAUUAUACCAACUUAAAUGUUCUAUAACAAUGACAGUAGCAGUACCAUCCUGUUUAAACAAUGUUUAAAAGUGCAGUUGCAAACACUUACUAUCUUCCAUCCUCUGUGUAGGAUACACAGAAGAGAAAUAUGUUUGUGCCAUAGAAUGAGGACUUGUCAGAACAGGAUAAGUUCAUUUUGCAUCUAGCUGACUUUAAUAGGUAAAAAUAGUUUGUAUUGGUUAUCAUUGCUGUCACACAGCUUAAGUAAGCAAAGUUCAUGCCUAGAGUCAAGUUACUGGUCUGUAACUGUUGUGUAUGUAGAAUGGCCAUUUUUCCCCUCAUGGACACAAUUACCCAGUUACAUAACCACUACAAAACUAAGUGACUUAAAGCAACAAUAUUUUAAAAGAUUCUGAAAGCUGCCUGUUCUGUUGAUAUUACCAUGGGCAACUCUCAUGUACAUCGGGGUGGGUAGUGCAAGAUUUUCCUCACAUGUCUGGCAAUGAGUGCUUCUACUGAUAAGGGCGCUUCCGUGGGUCUCCAUGUGGCCUCUCUGCUCCCAACAGACUACUUCUUUACAGUACUGGGGGCAUCUCAGGCGAGGGUUCCAAAAAGGCAGACCCCAAUGUGAAAGCAUUUAUCAAACCUUUGCAUUUGUCACAUUUGCUGAUGUCUUCAUUGGCCAGAUCAAGUCAUGGCCAAACCUGGAGUCAUUGUGGAAAGGACCUUCAAUUCCACUUCCUGAUUGGAGUGGUAUAUAGAUUGUAAGGGCAUCUUUUUAUGAUUUAUUUAUUUGAAAGGCCAAGUUACAGAGGCCUUUAAUCUGCUGGUUCACUCCCCAAGUGGCCUCAACAGCCAGGGCCAGGCCAGACUGAAGCCAGGAUCCAGGAGCUGCUUCUGGGUCUCCCAUUGGGUACAGGGGCCCAAACACUUGGUCCAUCUUCCACUGCUUUCCCAGGCACAUUAGCAGGGAGCUGAAUCAGAAGUGGAGCAGCUGGGACUUGAACCUGCACCCUUAUGUAAUGCUGGUGCUGCAGGUGGUGGCUUUACACGCUGUGCCAUAGCUCAGGCCCCAUGGGUAUUUUUUUAAUCAACCACAGAAAGAACUUCAAACCCAAAUACUGGGGGUCAACACACUUUUCCUUAAAUAUCCAAAUAUUUUAGAUGUAAAUAUUUUAGACUUACAGGGCUUUGGUCUUUACACUUGUGUGAAAGCAACCAGACAAUAUUUAAGCAAAAGGGAUGACUUUAAGUAAAGCUGUGUAGUGAUGCAUUCCCUUUUAACAGGGAUAUGUUCUAAUAAAUGUCAGUCUAUUUCAUCACUGUGUGAACAUCAUAGAGUGUACCUACACAAACCUGGAUGGUAUAGCCUACACUAUACAUAUAUAGUUCAGCCUACUAAUCCUAGCUGCAAAUCUGUGUAGCGUGUCACUAUUCUGAAUACUGUCAGCAAUGUAACAAUGAUAUUUAUAUAAAACUAGAGAAGGUAGAGUAAAGCUACUAAGUGAUAGGAAUUUUUCAGCUCCAUUAUAAUCUAUGGAGCCACCACGAAAGUGGUCCAUUGUUGACUGGACCCUCUUUUUGCAGCGUGUGGCUCUGUUAACAAAAACAAGAGCCCCUAUCAGAUAUGGUUGGGGACACCUGCGGAAGAUUAUUUCAGGCUCUGAUCUUUCUCCUACUCCAGUUCCCAUGUUUGCAAGUCCUCUUCCUUAGUCAGACGGAGAAACAGAAGAAAAUGAAGAAAUUAGCAGAGAGUUUUAUUUUAAUAAAUGUAUCCUGAUCACUCCACAGUCUCCCUUGGAUCAAUGCAGUUUCUGCUUUUUGUUGUUCCAAAGUUCAAAUUCAAGCUCUGAAGUAUUCUUUCCAUUCUCCUGUUUUCAUCUUGCCUAUGUGCUUGUCAGAGUGAUAAUGACUUUAUAUAUAUAUACACACAUAUACAUAUAUUUAUUUAUAGUUAUAUUUAUAUAUCAAAGGCCACAAGAGCUGUGAGGAAGGAAUAAUUUACAUUGCCUAUGGAAUAAGGGAGACAUCAAGAACUGGUGUCCCUGGAACACCAUUUUGAAGAUGUGGAAGUUCAAGGAAUCCUCAAGACAUAGUAUCUCCUCCAGGGUGGUAUAGAAUGAACAAUGGCCAAAAAAAGCAGACCAAAGUCAUAUUGCAGAGGGUCUUAAAUUCUUUGCUAAAACUGGAGUGAACACAGGGUAAAAGGAGAAUCUCACCAUUGUUUGUCUCCUAGAUGAUUUUCAGUAGUGCAGAAGAUAGAUUUAAAGAUAACUUAAAUUGUUUCUGUUUCUUUUCUUCUUUUUGGUGUUUUCACCUAUAAUACUAUAGACACAGAUGUCACUGGAACUGCCUAAAGUGCAUCUGGAGUUCUCCUCUGGAGAUAGCUUUAACAGCUGGAAAGAGUAUGAUAAGGGAGUAAACCAGGGAUAUUUCAGCAGCAUUAGAAGGACAGUGGCAGAUGGAAAGAUUUCAGGUAUAGCACGGAAGGCGUGACCGUAUGUCACCUGCGCUCGGGCAAGGCUUCUUCUGAUUCAUUCUGGCAAACGGCACUCAGGGCAACUGUUUCCUAAACUGUCACAGUACCUUAGACCUAUGUCCAUUUGUCAUUGGACUGCCAAUUUCUUCAAAGUGUACAUCAUGUCUUCAUCUCAGUAUUCCUAGAGCCUUCCAAAGACAUGCAUGCAGAUGGGCUUUAUUCUUGAGGAGUCGUGGAAGCCAGGCGUUCAGAAAUGACUGAGGAAUAUAAACUAUCUUACUGUGAAAGCAUUUAUGUAAAGGGUUCUGUGCUAAGCGAUAAGAUACUACACUCGUGGCUCACUAGGCUAAUCCUCCGCCUUGCGACGCUGGCACACCGGGUUCUAGUCUCGGUCGGGGCGCCGGAUUCUGUCCCGGUUGCUCCUCUUCCAGGCCAGCUCUCUGCUGUGGCCCGGGAGUGCAGUGGAGGAUGGCCCAGGUGCUUGGGCCCUGCACCCCAUGGGAGACCAGGAGAAGCACCUGGCUCCUGCCAUCAGAUCAGCGCGGUGCGCCAGCCACAGUGCGCUGGCCGCGGCGGCCAUUGGAGAGUGAACCAACGGCAAAAGGAAGACCUUUCUCUCUGUCUCUCUCUCUCACUGUCUACUCUGCCUGUCAAAAAAAGAAAAAAAAAAAAAAAAGAUACUACACUGACUAUACUCAAUCUAACUUUUCUAGCGACUUAAUUUCAAAAGUUUGUAUUAAGCUGGUAAAUUCUCCACCUCACAAAUAGCUUUCGAGCUUGGAGUAAUAGCUUCAGAACACUUUUUCUUAGCUAAUUUUAUCGAAUGGCCAUCUGCCAGGGACUGUUCUAAGAAGACCUUUGUCAAGACUUAAAUCUAUCAUUUAUGCCUCUGACAACUUCCAGCAGAAGUGAGGAAGAUAGAAGUGAGGCACCGGUUUCAAUAUCAAUUUGUUGGUUACCCGGAACCGGAUUCAAGUUCCCAAAUGACAACUGUACGCGGGUGUUCCGGAACCAAAGUUCCGGAACAGUUUCUGUGCCGACGCGCGAAUAUGUUACUAGGAAUCGAUUGCUUUGGGCUGGCGGAGGCCUUUGCGAGGAGGACCAUGCACGGAACUGCGGAGGGAGGGAGUUGCUGAUUGUUGGAGGUUCUUUUGGUCUUCGUGAGUUUUCACAAAUCCGAUAUGAUGCUGUGAAGAUUAAAAUUGAUCCUGAAUUGGAAAAAAAACUGAAAAUGAAUAAAGUUUCUUUGGAGUCAGAGUAUGAG